AGUAAAGGAAAAGCUUUUGUGAAAGCUGCAAUGCUUCAAUCCCACACGCAAAGUUUAGAAUUGAAUCCCAAUCAAUUAUUAGACCCACUCUACUGUUUUGCAUUUAAUUGUGUGGACCAAAUGGAGCUAUACGAUCCUUCCUGGAAGGCAAAUCUGAUGUUGACUAAAAGCUCUUCAUUUGUUCAUAAAUUUCUUGCAUCAGACUAGUUUACCCAAAUAUUCAUCUCUUGUAUUUUGCUUUCUCUACCUUCUCCAAACUCAGCUGCACAAGAUCCUUCUGUUAUCACUGAUCAUGGCUUCUACUUCUUCCACUCCUCCCAAUCAGGGGAAGAAAUGGGAUGUUUUUAUUAGUUUUAGAGGCGACGAUACGCGUUAUGGUAUUCUCUCCCAUCUCUCUAGAGCCUUGAAGGACAAACAAAUCAAGACUUUUACGGAUGAAGAGCUCCAUAAAGGAGAAGAGAUCUCACCAGAGCUCUUGAAAAUAAUCUGGGAAUCAAGUGUCUCAAUAGUCAUUUUCUCUGAAAAUUAUGCAGAUUCUCCAUGGUGUUUGGAUGAGCUUGUUGAGAUACUUAAAUGCAAGGAAGAAUCAGCACAAAUAGUUCUACCGGUUUUUUACAAAGUAGAUCCAACUGACGUUCAAAAGCUUUCAGGGAAUUUCGGGAAGGCAUUUGCUAUUGCUAUGCAUGGGGAAAAAGGCAGUUCACAAAAGGUGGACAACUGGAAGCGUGCUUUGAUGGAAGUAAGCAACUUAUCAGGAUGGGAUUCACAGAAAAUCAAAUAUGAGGCCAAAUUGGUUGAGGGAAUUGUCAAUGAUGUUCUGAAAAAAUUUAGUGAUAUGUCUAAAGGUGAUGAUUCUUAUGAUCGCAACUUGAUUGGAAUUAAACUGCGUGUGGAAGAAGUGGAACGGUUGUUAAAUGAGAAGCAGAUUGUAGGAAUUUGGGGGAUGGGAGGCAUUGGUAAAACAACUAUUGCACAAGAAGUAUUUCAUCGAAACAAGAAUAAAUUUGAUGGUCAUUGUUUCGUUGAAAAUGUUAGGGAAACAAUGACAAAGCAAUCAUCAAAUUCAGUGCGAGUCAAAAUCAUUCAACAAUUAUUAAGGGACAAACAUGUAGACAGUUUGAAUGAUUCUACUAGGAGAAGGCUUAAGAGUAAGAAGGUAUUGAUUGUUUUUGAUGAUGUAGAGGAUCGAAACCAUUUAAAAGAUUUAGCAGGAGAUUGUGAUUUGUAUGGUGAGGGAAGUAGAAUCAUCAUAACUAGUAGAGAUUCACUUGGUUUAUCAGAGGAAGACAGAUAUGAGGUUGAGAAGUUAAGUGAUUCUCAAGGUCUGGAACUCUUUAGCUUGCAUGCCUUCGAGCAAAAUCUUUCCAAGGAAGAAUAUAAGGAGCUAUCAAACAAGGCAAAAAACUAUGCUGGAGGCAAUCCAUUAGCUCUUAAAGUUUUGGGAUCUCAUUUAUUUAAUAUGCACAUAGAAGAAUGGGAAAGUGAAUUGGAAAAAUUGAAAGUUGAACCUCUUGAGAAAAUUCAAGCUGUUUUGAAAACAAGUUAUGAUGGGCUAGGGGAUAAGGACAAGGACAUAUUUCUUGAUAUUGCAUGUUUCUUCAAAGGGCAAAAUAAAGAUAAGGUUGAGAGAAUAUUAGAAGCAUUUGGUUUCUUUCCAAAAAGUGGAAUACCUCGCUUACUUAAAAAAUCUCUCAUAACUGUUUCGUCACUCAAUGAGAUUCAUAUGCAUGACUUGCUAGAGCAAAUGGGCAAGGAUAUUGUUAUUAAGGAAUGCAAACAGCCUGGAGGACGCAGCAGGUUGUGGAAUUAUGAAGAUAUUAGUCAUGCAUUGACAACAGGGACGGGAACCGAAAAUGUUGAGGCCAUAUCGUUUCGUUGGGAUGGGAGAGAUAUUGGGAAGCCUUUGAAGCUAAGUGCCACGGCCUUUGCGAAGAUGUGCAAUCUUAGAUUCAUCGAAGUAUGUGCACUGUGGACCCGAGUGCUCCUUCCUAAGAACUUUGAAUUUUGUGCACAAGCACUAAGAUGUCUUUGCUGGGAUUAUUAUCCUCUGGAAUCUUUGCCGUUAAAUUUUUGGCCAAAGAAUCUUGUAGAACUUCACAGGACUUCUAGAAAACUCAUACAACUGUGGAAUGGAGGAGAUAAGUCUCUUGAAAAUUUGAAAUUAAUGGACCUUAGCUACUCUCGUAACCUGAUCCAGAUUCCGGACUUGUCAAGUAUUGCCCCAAAUCUCGAGUUUUUAUAUUUAAAUUACUGUAAGAGUUUGGUUGAAAUUCCCUCUCUUCAAAAUCUAAGUAAUCUUGCAGAACUUCGUAUGCGUGGGAGCAAACUCAUACAACUGUGGAAUGGAGGAGAUAAGCCUCUUGGAAAUUUGAAAUUAAUGGACAUCAGCUGCUCUCAUCGCCUGAUCAGGAUUCCGAACUUGUCUAGUAUUGCCCCAAAUCUCGAGUUUUUAUAUUUGAAAGAAUGUUUGAGUUUGGUUGAAAUUCCCUCUCUUCAAAAUCUGAGCAAGCUUACUGAACUUCAUCUAAGUGAUUGCUGCAAAAUCAAAGAUUGUCCAGAGAUUCCGUGUAAUAUAAGGAUUCUAAAAUUAGACAGAACUGGAAUAGAACAACUGCCCUCAUCAAUUAAGCAUCUGUCUCAACUUGUCAUAUUGUCCUUGGAUCAGUGUACAGCACUCGCGAGUCUUCCAAGCAGCAUUGGCAAUUUGAAACGUCUUGAAGAACUUCAUCUAGCUAAAUGUUCAAGACUCGUGACUAUUCCAAGCAGCAUAGGCGAGUUGAAAUGUCUUGAAAAAUUAUUUAUCCGGAAUUGCUCAAAUUUAGCAAGUCUUCCUGAAAGCAUCAAACAACUUUCGAAGUUGAAAAAGCUUGAUUUAGAAGGUUGCAAGAGACUUAAAAGUUUACCAGGGCUUCCAUCAUGCUUAGAAUUAUUAAAUGCAAUUGAUUGCCACUCUCUGGAAUCUGCAUCAAUUUCUUUCAAUUUCUUAGAACAUGAUGAUGAAAAUGAAGAAGCAGAUAGAAGUAAACAUGAAAAUGAAGAAGCACAUAAAAGUGAAUCUGAAGAUUGCAAAGUUCUUGAUUUUAGUAAUUGCGUCAAAUUGAAUAAGAAAGUAAUGGAGGAUGUUUUUGAAGCGCACCUGUUGGGUCAGAAAGUUACAUUAUUGAUGGCAGGAGGUGAAGUGCCAGAAAGGAUGAGGUAUAAGAAUAAAGGAUCCUCGCUUUCCUUCAAACUUGACCUUCGACACUUAAUUGCCUUCUCUUUCUGCGUUGUUCUUCGUCCCAGAGGUUUAAUCGAUUUUCCCUUCGAAUUUGAAGUGGAUUUCAUAUGUGAAUCUGGAAAUAGGCGGGAACGUAAUGCGUUCAACUUUUCUAGCGAUAAGGACUUUGCGAAUUGGAUUGAUUCUUAUGGAGGUCCGUAUGGUUCGGACUCAUCACACGUGUUGCUUUCAUUCAAUGGAUUGAGGACACGUUUUGAUGAAGAGUCUUCCGUUACGGCCUCAUUUUGCUGCAAGGCUGACUAUUUCGUGGAUCGGCCGGAAAUUAUGGAGUGUGGGGUCCAUCCUAUAUAUAGUAGAGAUAAAAGGAGAAGCAGAAAUGAAAAGCAUCAAGAUGACGAGGAAUGCCAAUCACUUCUUCAAAUAUUGGAAGACAAAUCGAAGAGAAGAAGAAUAAAUAAUGAGGAGGAAGCUUCUUCUUCUUCUUCACUCGAUCUAAAUCUCUCUCUAUCUCUUCCUGCUUCCUCUUAACCAAACCCCACUCACUUUCACAACA